UGAUGAGAAUAAUUCCUGUAGUUUUGUAGGAUCAAACUUUUUUUUUUUUAAAUCUCCGUUGUAUGAUUUUUGUUGUGUUUAAAAUAAGGCAGUUUUACUGGCUUGCGAGUUAUACAAUUCUUUGUGUUUUUAUGGUUAGUUUUUUAACGCACUGUGGCAUUCAUGGUUCAAUGCUGUCUUUGUUUCCAAGCUAUAAUUUACUUGCACUAUUUUACUAGAUAUAGGAUGCUGACCAUCUGGCUUUAUUGUGAUGGUAGCUAUUCCAUAUUCUUUCUUCUUUUACAUUUGGCUUUUGCAAGAAGUCUCAUAGUCGUGGUAAAUUGCCAAGGUGUUGGAGGUGCCAUACUUUCCAGAGCCAGUAUGUUGUUCUGAGUUUUUUGCCGUUUAUUCUUAUAUAUAAUUAUGUUGUGAGAAGGUUAAGUCAAAGUGAGUGUGUUUUAACUUGAAUGAUCUUGUUGAAGGUUGUUGGGUUUUUGCCCAGCCGGGAGGUCUGUGGUGAGAGGGUGCCCUCAGUGGAAUUGGUGGCUAGUCUUGCAAACUUAAUGAGAGUUUGGCGAUUCUUUUGUAGUCUUAUUGCGUGUGACAAAGUGGUGUUUUAUUCUUCUGAGAGUACGAGAUGUGGACAUGAAACAUGACUAUGCUUUCGUUGAAUUUAGCGACCCCCGAGAUGCAGAUGAUGCUAGAUACAGCUUGAAUGGGCGAGAAUUUGAUGGAAGCCGUAUUAUAGUGGAAUUUGCAAAGGGGGUUCCACGUGGUUCUGGUGGUUCACGUGAGUAUCCUGGAAGAGGCCCUCCACCUGGUUCUGGCAGGUGCUUUAACUGUGGCAUAGAUGGCCAUUGGGCUCGAGACUGCAAAGCUGGUGAUUGGAAGAACAAGUGUUAUCGCUGUGGAGAAAGAGGCCAUAUAGAAAGAAACUGCCAUAACAGUCCUAAAAAUCUCAAGCCUGGGAGAAGUUAUUCACGAUCUCCAUCCCCUCGCCGUGGUAGGAGCCGAAGCUACAGCAGAAGCCGUAGUUAUAGCCGAUCAAGGUCUCCUGCUCCAAGAAGAGAUGGACGAAACAGAGAACGCGGGGACAGAAGGUCCAGAAGCCCUGGAUACGACAGGAGCCCGAGGUCAAGGAGCCCACCUCCAUCCAAGGGGAGGAAGCACAGCCUUUCACCUGACGGUAGCAAGAGCCCGCGUGGGUCUCGGAGCCCCUCGCCUGAGGAGCGUAGGGAUGUUGAGCACAACGGAUCAGACUACAACAGGAGCCCCGUGAGGGAGAACAGCAGGAGCACAAUGAGCCAGGAUCGUGAAAACUCGCCGGUGGGUGAUACAUAUCGGAGUCCUGAGCCAAAUGGGAGGAGCCCUAGUCCCAAGGACGACGGAGAUGAUGAUCACCAUGCUUCUCCCAGAGGUAGGGAGUCGCAAGACUGAUCACAGCAUUUAGUAGCGCAGCAGAACUGUGCUAGUAAUUAUUUCCAUAACCAAGAAAAGCUUUGGUGGACCGUUGUCAAUGUAGGGGACAAUUUUUGUUGACUUCUGAACGUUAAAUUUUGUGGUCUGUCUCUACCAA